CUUGCCUUUACGGCACGUUCUGGUCACACGUGUUGUAGUCGCAUGGAAGUCCGGCACAGCGGUCUGAAGUCUUGGCAGUCGGUCAAAUUUAGCAUUUGAGGAGAAUGUCGUUCAGAGGAGGAGGACGAGGUGGUGGAAGAGGUGGAGGUUUUAACCGAGGUGGUGGAGGAUUUGGACGAGGUGGAGGAGGAUUCGGUGGAGGCAGAGGUGGUGGAGGAUUUGGACGGGGUGGUGGAAGAGGGGGUUUUAACAGACAGCAAGACUAUGGACCUCCUGAGUAUGUUGUUGCACUGGGAGAGUUCAUGCAUCCAUGUGAAGAUGACAUUGUCUGCAAGUGCACAACAGAGGAAAACAAGGUUCCCUAUUUCAAUGCCCCAGUGUACUUGGAAAACAAGGAGCAGAUUGGGAAGGUGGAUGAGAUAUUUGGCCAACUCAGAGACUUUUAUUUCUCAGUAAAACUUUCUGAAAAUAUGAAGGCGUCUUCAUUCAAGAAACUACAAAAGUUUUAUAUAGAUCCAAUGAAGCUACUACCACUGCAGAGAUUCCUCCCGAGGCCACCAGGAGAAAAGGGGCCUCCAAGAGGAGGCAGAGGAGGGGGUAGAGGUGGAGGAAGGGGUGGUGGUCGUGGAGGUGGUUUUCGAGGAGGCAGAGGUGGAGGUGGCCGUGGUGGAGGAGGAGGCCGUGGUGGAGGAGGCUUCAGAGGAAGAGGAGGCGGCGGUGGUGGACGUGGAUUCAGAGGUGGGAGAUGAUCUGACUCUGAUGGUUCAUUGUGACGAUCACAUAAUAUGUUCACUCUCGCAGCUAAAAGGCUAUGAUCUGUGUCAGAUCCUGGCCUGUUGGACUCAUGAACAUCGUCUCUAUUUGUAGAGUUGAUAUUCUUAUUCUAUUUUAAUUUUUUUAUUUUUUACCAGUUUUGGAAGAUUGCUGGAUCUUCAAGAUUUGUAUCUAAAAUGUAUUCUUGUAGCUGGAACCUUUUUUGAGUCAUUUGUGGGGAUUAUUGUAUAUUUGUGAAAAGAAUGGUGUUUGAACAUAUUCACAAACCUCCAUGUCCAAAUUUCUUCAUGUGCAGGAUGUCACACUUGUUUUCAGCUGAAAACAUUGGUAGUUUGUAAUAUCGUAAAGAGUUACCAUUGCUAUCAAAUGCCUCAAUUAAAAAAAAAAAAAGGUGCUCUGUAA